GCAAGCAAGUUUGAGCCAGACAGAAGCUCAAAAUUGUACAUCAGAACGAACCAGCCGGCGGACUGAAGUUUGGACACUCUUCUAAAACUAUUUGUGGAUAUAUUUGACUUAUAGACUGGAGUUAUCAUUCUAAACUAGCGCAACACUUGAAUAACAUAGAACUGCAUUGCUCUCAGCGUUCUAUCAAGGUAAAAGACAAACAUAAUUCAACUCUGAAAAUGACUCCUCUUUUUGCUUUGUUGCUACUUUUUCUGAGCGCUGCGGAGCCCCGUCAUGUCGUUCCUGGUUACACAGCGCUGAGGACUGAGCAGGCGGACGGGGCUGCAGGUGCACUGACGACGGGGACCGGGGAGUCAGACUCUGAGUUGAAUCUGAAUCAGAUUGGAGGUGAUAUGGCAUAUAUCGAACCCCUGAUGCAUGAAUCAGACGCCAACCAAAAGAGAAUCCCCCGGGGCGCCAAGGAUGGGAGCUCGAGGAAACAGGAUCAGCAGUCUCCUCAAAGCUACCAACACCCCAGACCGUAUGAACCGGACGGCUACUUCACAACGCCCAAGGGCCCACACCUGGCCAACAGCACCCCGGACAGGCACGGCAGAUCCCGGGGAAACUCUUCCAAGGGCUCGGUGCUGUUCCACAACCCGCUCUACCCGGUAACCAACAGCUCAUACGGGGCUUACGCAGUGAUGCUCAUCGCCCUCAUCCUAUUCGCCAUGGGCAUCGUUGGUAACCUCGCGCUCAUGUGUAUUGUUUGGCACAAUUAUUACCUGAAGAGCGCGUGGAACUGCAUCUUGGCCAGUCUGGCAUUCUGGGACUUCCUCGUGCUCUUCUUCUGUCUGCCCGUGGUCGUCUUCAACGAGCUCACCAAGAGAAGGUUGCUAGGGGACCUGUCCUGUCGGAUCGUGCCCUACAUGGAGGUGACCUCUCUGGGAGUAGCCACAUUCAGCCUGUGUGCGUUGAGCAUUGACCGGUUCCACGCAGCGACCAGCCCCCAGCCUCAGGCCCCACGGGUGGAGCCCUGCCAGUCCAUCCUGGCCAAGCUGUCUGUGGUCUGGAUCGGCUCCAUGGUCCUGGCCGCUCCAGAGCUGCUGCUGUGGCAGCUCACCCAGGAGGUCUCCGUCCAGCCAGGGGGCUACGUGGUGGACCUGUGUGUCCGGAGGCCCACCUUGAGCCUGCCUGAGUCGGUCUACUCGCUGGUGCUGACCUACCACGAGGCCCGCAUGUGGUGGUACUUCGGCUGCUACUUCUGCCUGCCGCUCCUCUUCACCCUCGCCUGCCAGCUGGUGACGAGACACGUUGUCGCUGAGGAGGCACGGAUGAAACAUGGGAGCAGCACAGUAGUAGGAGGAAAAAGAAUACGCCCUUCCUCCUCGUCCUCUUUGUCGUCGUCCUCCUCCUCUUCCAAGAAGCAGCAGCUGAAGAGAGACCGUAGGUGUAGUUCUACAGUCGUGGCGUUGGCCAUCGUUUACGCCGUGUGUAACCUCCCCGAGAACGUCUGUAACAUUGCCCUGGCCUACAUCGCCAACCCCAUCUCCACAACGACUGAGGCCCUGCUGGCUCUGAUUGGCCAGUUCCUGUUGUUUGUCCGUUGCUCGGCAACGCCGGUGUUGUUCCUGUGUCUGUGUCAUUCUCUGGGCCAAGCCUUCAUGGACUGUUGCUGUUGUUGCUGUGAGGAAUGUCUACCCAAUGGAGCCUCUUCAUCAUCAUCAUCCUCCACUACCACCACAGCAGUCUCCACCUACGCCUCCUCUCUCUCAUCCCCGUCAUCACUCUCUCCGUCCUCCACCAAAGAGGAGAAGCUGCAUAUUGUGUCUGGAACCAUACCAGCCAUCUUCUAUGACAAGGCCAAAGACAGCUCCUCUCUCAUGGCCAUCGGAACACCCUGCUGAGUCCCUCUCCUUGCCUUCUCACUGCCUAGCCAGGAGUCACCUCAUUGGAGGACAAAAUGCCCACGCUACCCUUGGACCUCAAGAACCCAGCUCUCUUACCCCAACCUCUCUCUUCCCACACUGGCUGUGCUGGGCAUUGCACUGAAUUAAGAUAAAUUAUCUCUAUAAUGCUUGGUCCUUAGAGGGACACUUAUUUUACCAAGAAGACUCUUGAGAAUAAAAGGUAGACAGCACUAUGGACAUCAUCAUGCACAGCGGGCGACUUCCUGCUUAAAGACACCUCUUGAGUUUAAGGCAAUUUGUUUUGAGAGACUUGUGGUUACAGACAGACUACUGAAUAUACUCAUGGCUAGGGCUUUGGUUGUCUUCAAUCCCUCCUAGCCGUGAGAUAAGUGAUGAAGAUCAUUACAGACAGUCCAUUAUGACAUGAGACAACAUAUCAAUUGUAGUGGCACAGCUGAAUGCUAGGAGAGAUCCAGAGCUGAAUACGCUGACAUUAACUUUUCUUGACUUUCUUUUACUAGUAUACUCUCGUUUGAUAAAUAACAUUUUAAAAAGCAAACAAUUCUCUUAGCUGUGAAUUAUGGUGUGGAUUCAAGUUGUGUUUUCUAAUUUCCUGUGUUUUAUUAGUGGAAAUUAACAACAAAAAGAGCCAUUGAGGGAUCCUCUGUCUGUGGGCUAAUUGUUCUCUCUCUAACUCCUCUCUUUUCCCCUGGCCUGCACUCCAUCUCACAGUGAUCUACAAGGGAAGAAAUGUGGUAGAAUGGUACCCGUCAAACACACGUCAUAACACCCAUCACCACUGGUUACUGACUGUUUACACGUGGAGUAAAUAUUACUUGUAACAACCACUACAGUUUAGUCUUCCUACGAUUUCUCCAGAAAUAGGGCGCAAAUCAACUGUCUUGUGUGUUAAGAAUUCACUGUUGUGUUGUAGUAUUUUAGCUGUGCAGCUCAGGGUUUUCUCAACAUGUUUCCCCUCAAGAACCAUACUAUUGCUGAGCAUCUUCUGCAGAGCUACUAACAUUGCUCAGGGCCAAUAUCCACAAAGCGUCUCAGAGUAGGAGUGCUGAUCUUGGAUCAGUUUUGACUUUUAGAUCAUAAUGAAUAAUAUUAUAUGGCCAGAUCCUAGAUCAGCACUCCUACUCUGAGACACUGUGUGGAUACGGGCCCAGAUCUUAACACCACAUCUCUUCUACAGAUAAACAUUAUUCAUGAUUAUUAAAAGCUUUUAAUGUGACCACUAGUCCACACAAUGGCUCUUGUGUCAAUAUGUUGAUAGAUGUCGAGAUAGAACCUAACCAAUCCCUAUAAAAAUGGUGAAUCUGUGUAGAGUACAAUCUGACCGAUACAAUGCUGAUAUAUUGUGUUAUUCUGUCGUGACACAACAGUGGAACAUUUAGACUUGCUCAGAUAUCAGGACCCAAUGAACAACUUUCAUUGUCCUCAAUAUUACCUUGUACAUGUAUACAAUCUGUACUUCUCAUAACUUUCCUUCCUCAAAAAGAGAUCAGUCAAAUCAUAUGAAUGUUGUAAAAAAAACGAUAAAUAAAAACAUUUAUAGUUUUUGGGGGAAUUGGUAUGUAUUCUCUUGUAUUGUGAAUAUACUGUAAUUAUGUCUGGAUUGAAUUUAACAUUGUGUAUCUGAGGUAGUAUUUACUAUCGGAACUGACUGUGUAUCAGAUGUUUUGUCUAUUUUUUAUUCAGUUCUACUCAAUAAACAGUGAGACAAUG